AUGUCGUCAAUGCUCAAGCGUCUCGCCAACAGACCCGGCAACUCGUCCAAGACGACGCCCUUCGAGCCAGAGCCAGAGAAGCGGCCUACUCCCGCCAAAGCCAUGCCUGGCGCCCUCAUUCUCAUCAACGGCUUCCCCGGCGUUGGCAAGCACACCGUUGCCCACGAGCUUGUCAAGAUCCUGCCCAACUGCAAGUUCUUCGACACCCGUUCCCUCCUCUCUGCGGCUUCGCAGCUCUACCAGUCGGACGACCCAGCUCACGGCCAUCUGCGCAAGAACCUCAAACACGCAAUCUUCGAGUCCAUUGCGCGCAACUACUCGGUCUCGUCGCCGACGGGCCCCACGCCACCAACCUAUGUGCUCACCGACUUUUUGUCCGUCGCCGCUCGCCCAACCGACUUGGCUAUCAUGCACGAAUUCAUCGCUUUCGCUCGACGUUCCGGAUUUGCUUUCAUCCACGUCAUCCUCUCUGCAUCGCAGGACGAGAAUGUCCGUCGUCUAACCGACCCCGCGCGCGAAGAGGCUCGUGCCAAGGGCGCUCUCACGAUCUCGACGGACCCAAGCGCGUUGAUCCAGACGCGUAUGGAGGAGGAGAUCGGACACAUUGCCCCCGUCAGCGGUCUUUGUGGCGAGUACGAGCUGGACACUACGCGGAUGGACGCCAGGACGACGGCCGGUGUGCUGGGCGAGUACUGCCUGGACACGCUGAGAAGCGAGGGCUGGUGGCUGCAGCUCCAGUCCGCUACGGCUGGUCACAAGAGCGCGGCUGUCACUGCUGGUACCGGUCGCAAGUGA